AUGGCUGCUGAUGAACGGUCAAGAGAGCGGCCUGUCCGCAAGCUCACAAAGAAGCGCAAGGACUCACGGCGUGUGUCCUUGGACAUCCCAGAGCGAUUUAAAGAUGCCGGCGAUGCGGACGAGGAUGUCGCGGCACCGAAGCAUAUCAACGCAAUAUCCAUGCACCAGUCUAUAUUUUCCAUGAUUUCACGAGCCGGUCAUCACUCGCAGACGGAUCUUGGCCUCACAGAGGAGGUGGACUCGGGUGACAGCGACAAUGAGGCAAGGCGGAAUAUCAAGUAUGGCAGUUUGGAUGGUGCAGCGAGGAUGAGCCGCCUGAGCUCGAUCCACGAUUUUCACAGCCCGCUUGAAGAGGUGGAAGAGGACAAACCGCUGAAGAGCAAGCACCGGAGGGCCCUCUCGGAGCACAAAUUGCUGCGUUCGCUGCCCAAGCUGAAGAUGUUAGGCAGAAAGGAUUCCAAGUCGGAGGCCCAAGCAGCCGACCCAAUGUCUUCGUCGCAGUUCUUGCCCUCGCGUCCAUCGGAAGAUGAACCAUCCUCAUCAUCUCGAGACGAAUCCCUGGUCACUACCAAGCCCAGGACGGUAUCCGGACAAGACUUGCGUUCUGAAAAGCGUCGCGGCUUAGACCGCAAGAGCAGGCACAUAGGAACAAUGAGCGGGCACAAGGGCAAAACAACUGUUUCGCUUGCAAACCGCUUGCAGCAGAUCUUUGAGUUCGAAGAUUUGGAGGAAGUCAUUUCAGAAUACCCCUGCUGGCUGUUGCAAAGCAUUCUGCUCCAGGGCUACAUGUAUAUCACCCAGAAGCACAUCUGCUUCUAUGCAUAUAUACCAAAGAAGCAUCACGAUGUUAGUAAGACCGGCUAUCUCUCGAAACGCGGCCGGUCGAAAUAUAACCGAUACUGGUUCGUAUUGAGAGGCGACGUUUUAGCUUACUACACCAACCCCACAGAGUUGUACUUUCCCCGCAACCGCAUCAACUUGCAAUAUGCAAUAUCUGCCGAGAUCCUGGAUGGCAAAGACAAGCACAAGGACGAAACCACCUUCGUAGUGACCACAGACGAGAAGACCUUCCAGUUCAAGGCUGAUAGUGCGGUGAGCGCGAAAGAGUGGGUAAGGUCUAUACAAAAGGUCAUAUUCCGAACGCACAAUGAGGGCAAUAGCGUGAAAAUCUCCCUGCCCAUUCGAAACGUUCUCGAGAUUGAAGAGAGUACCAUUCUCGAUUUCGCCGAGACGGUGAAAAUUCGUGUGAUUGACAAUGAUGAAACAUACGCGAUAGACGAGUACUUCUUUUCCUUCUUCAGCCAGGGUCAGGAUGCUCUGAAUGUUCUCCGUAUCAUGAUCAAUGACAACGAACACCACCAGACAGCGCAGCAGCAGGGUGACCAAAGCGCGACAAUACCAACCGUCCUGGAUCUUCCCAGUAACCAUAAUGCAGGCACAGCUCACGACAGUCCCAGCCACGCACCGUAUAUAGAAGAAAAUGUGAGAGCAACCUUAUCGCCAUUGCCUGGUCCUGCUGUUGGGCGUUCAAGCAUGAGCGCAGAUUCUCGAUCUAGUCUGGAUGUGCGAAGGAGCCUGGACGUGCGACGUAGUAUGGACGCAAGCCGCUCUCUUCGACGACCUAGUCAUGAGGCUCGCCGCAGCUUCAGCGGCAAUCGUUACGAUAAACAGUCGAAGGGCCGACCGGGCGAUAAGUCGCCGUUGUCGCCCAGACUGCAAGAUACUUCAGAUUCGGCUCCGAAUUCUGUAGAUCCAGGUAACGAAUCAUCAGCCCACGUACAAUCCAUGGACGAGAGCAAUGCGUCUGCAAGUCAAAUCCUCGACCGCUCAGAUGUAUUUCGCGCCCCAACAAUUCACACUGGCCAAGCCACUACGUCUGAAAGAAUUGAUGAUCUCGCACGAGAUUCACAGGAUACGACGCGUUCGUCAGGUAGGCGACACUUUCACUCGAAGCCAUCGCGCCAUUUGAGCAAACACACUAGCGGCACAGGCCCCGCGCAGACAGGCAUACAUAAAUCCGACAUCGAGAACGACCCAGAGGCGACGACCACACGCUUGUCUACUUCGUCAACUGCACUCCAAGACAUCGCGUCAUAUCCACUUCAAAAAGCUGCCGGCUUAGCAGGUUUCUUACGCACCCGGUCAAAGAAGAUGGGUACCCUACUUUCUACCGAGUCCAUGGGGUACUACGAGAAGGUAUCUGGGAUGCUAGCCGGCGGUCGAAAACACUACAAUGUGGCGGACGGACUGCAGCCCAACGACCGGGUGCACGAUCCUGAAGAAGACGGGGAUGCUGCUAAGGCAGCGCAGCACUUUCAGGAGCACUUCGCCUUGCCCAAUGAACAACUUCAGUCUUCUUACUUUGCUUACCUGCAACGCAUCCUUCCCAAUUACGGGAAAAUUUACAUCAGCGAUCGCUCCUUCUGUUUCCGAAGUCUUGUGCCUACUGUGAAGACCAAGAUCAUUCUGCCAAUGCGGGACAUCGAAACGAUCAACAAGGAAAAGGGCUUCAGGAUGGGCUAUCACGGACUGGUUGUCGUUAUUCGAGGGCACGAAGAGCUUUUCUUUGAAUUUGCCAAAGCCGAACAUCGCGACGAGUGCGCCAUCUCGAUUUUGCGCAUCCUGGAGAGCACCAAGUACAUCGAAGAAGAGCAAUCAUCUGAUGGUGUGGACAGCGAGGAUGAAGCGGCCAAGGCGGAGCAUGACCUGCUCCAGGCAGCACGGGAUACCGCCGAGGGGGACGUUAAUAUACCGACUACACCCGUAGCAGAGCUUGAUCGCAUCCCGCUCAUUUUCGACGACCCAUUAGCUUCGAUCGUGGACUUUAAGCCGUCCGAGCCUUUGAAUAUAGUCUGCCUGACGAUUGGAUCCCGUGGCGAUGUUCAACCUUACAUCUCCCUCUGCAAAGCACUAAUCAAGGAGGGGCAUCAACCCACCAUCGCCACCCACGCCAUGUUCGAAGAUUGGGUUAAAAAACAUGGCAUUGGCUUCGCCCCCGUAGCUGGUGAUCCUGCCGAGCUCAUGCGCAUCUGCGUACAGCACGGGAUGUUUUCUUACGGGUUUCUCAAAGAGACAAACUCGACGUUCCGGGGUUGGCUAGACGAGUUGUGCGAUACAGCUUGGAAAGCAUGUCAGGGGGCCGAUGUUCUUAUCGAGAGUCCAUCCGCCAUGGUUGGAAUCCACAUCGCCGAAGCUCUGAAGAUCCCAUACUUCCGGGCCUUCACGAUGCCCUGGACACGGACUCGAGCCUAUCCACAUGCCUUUGCAGUAGGACCGAACAAGAUGGGCGGCGCUUGGAAUAGUAUGACAUAUCUGACCAUCGACAAGGUAUUCUGGGUUGCGAUUGCCGGCCAGAUGAACAGGUGGCGUCGGGAACAGCUCAAGCUGCGUACCACGUCGCAGGCCAGGAUGCAGGCGAAUCAGCGACCAUUCCUAUAUAACUUCAGCCCGCAUGUUGUGCCCCCGCCAUGCGACUGGCCCGACUGGAUCCGCGUCACCGGAUACUGGUUCCUGGAUGAGGCCGACAAGUACGAGCCGCCAGACGACCUGCGUCAAUUCAUCGAGAAGGCCCGAGGCGACGAGAAAAAGCUGGUCUACAUCGGAUUUGGAUCCAUUGUAAUUCAAGAUCCGGCUGCUCUCACUAGGACCAUAAUCGAAGCGGUACAGCUCGCAGAUGUUCGCUGUGUCCUCUCCAAAGGUUGGUCAGACAAAUGGCAGGGUGACAAGGCUACCUCCAAGGCGGCAUCUGAAGCCGAAAUUCCACUUCCGCCUGAAAUUUUCAGGAUCGACGCUGCGCCGCAUGACUGGUUGUUCAAGCAAAUGGACGCCGUUGUUCACCACGGCGGCUCGGGCACUACUGGGGCAAGUCUUCGAGCAGGAAAGCCGACUAUCAUCAAGCCUUUUUUCGGAGAUCAAUUCUUUUUUGCCACGCGCGUGGAAGACCUUGGUGUAGGUACGUACCUGAAAAGGAUCAACACCAAGAUGCUGGGCAAAGCAUUGUGGGAGGCAACCAACAGCGAACGGAUGAAGGUCAAGGCCAGGAUCCUUGGGAACAAGAUCCGGAAGGAGAACGGUACCCAGGUCGCCAUACAAACGAUCUACCGCGAGCUUGACCGAGCCAAAGCUCUGUCUUGUCGGCAGACCGAACGAGCAGAGGAGGAGGACCACUUUGGUGAGGUGGACGCCGACUGGACUCUGAUUGACGAUGAGGGCGACGUGCAAGACCUUGACCUUCCUCUCGAAGCCAUGUCUGGGAUGCAUGAGCAAGUCACGGAUGGGUCGGAGACGGGACCGGCAACUUUGGCGCUGGGCGGCAUGGUCAUGUCGUCGCAACAGCACCAGGCUGACUAG